AUGAAAUAAAAUAGGCAUUUUGCAACAAAAUGUAUUGGCAAAUUAAAAUUAAGCACGCAAUUAAUUAUUAUAGUCUCGAUACAGGUGUUAAUUAUUGUGUCUUAUGUUCUUGCACUAAAUUUAAUUCAUCAUUCUCUACUUAUAAAUUAUUUGUCAGAAGUAUCAGAUUAUAUGUUUGAAGAUAAUUCAAAUCAUGUUUUAUCUAAUAUGAUGGAAGAAUACAUUUAGCAUUUUAAUCAAGUAUUUAAUUUAAGUAAAUAUUUUAUUACAUUUCAGAUGGCAAUGCUUUGGUUUCAUUCCAUCGAUUAUAUCAUAUCACUAAAAAUCAAGUGCUACUCCAUCCUCUCGAAAUAAAUCCACUUUAUUAAAUGUAAUAUGGAGGAACAACUAAAAUUCCAGAUCCCUUAAGAAUUAUUAAAGGAUAUGGUAAUUAUGACAUUUCCUAUUCAUUCAUGUGUUACUCAAAUCUUUCUUAAUAUAAUUAACCAAAAACAAUAGAAGAAGAAUUGGGCAUUAAAUUAUAAGAGUAGAUUUAAGCAGCAGCAUAAAUAUUUUAUUAGGGAAAUUUAAUAAACCAAUCAUUCUUAUAUUCAUAUAUUAUUAAGGAGAAAAUAAAUUCCAUUUAUCCAUGUUUAAAUAGAGAUAAAGCAAUAUAUUCAUAUGUGGCUGAAAAAAGAGAUUGGUAUAUUGAAUUGAAAAGAAACUAUGAAAGUAAAUCACCAUAUGAUAAAUAUAAUUACACAUUUACUCAACCAUAUUUAUGUAACAAUUUGUAGAUCAAUUUAAAUAGUAUAUACAGAUAAAAAGAUUGGACUAUCUAUGACACUUCCAAUAGUUGAUAGAAAUUUAAGUUUAAUUGGAGGAGUUGUCUCUAAUUUCUUAGGUUCAUAAAUAGUUGAAAUGAUGAAAGUUAAUUAAUUUGGAUUUUAAAUAAUUUAUCUUGUAUCAGAAAAAGGUGUUAUGAUAAUGCAUCCCUAUAAAGUAACAGUAGAAUAAUUACCACUUUAUAUUUACAAUGAAAGUAUAACUGGAUUCAAUUUGACAGAUUGGGAAUAUAUCUUAAAUUUAAAUUCAGAUUCCUCUUGUCCAAUAUUUGAUAAAAUGUCUUCACUUCUUAAAUGUAGAUACAAUUCUUAUUAUAAAUAAGAAAUGAUAAUUGGUACACGUGAAAUUCCAGAAUUCAAAAUGAAACUUAUAAUGUAAGUUAUGAUAUUUAAUGUAAUAAUAGGUUACUGAGUAGUUCAGAAUACUUAAAAUUUUAUGAUGAUUUUUAAUCAACUUUAGAGAAAAGCUUAAAAGAAACAACUAGUAAUAAUAUAAUAUGGUUAUUUGGAUCAUUUAUUGUUCUUUGUUUAAUGAUUGUAGUGAUUACAUAAAUAUUAUUUCAUCCAAUAGAAAUGAUUAAAUAAUAAGCAAUAAAUUUAAUUAUUUAAUAAAGAAGAAAUAAAUAAUAAAUAUCAGAAUUUGCAGAAGUUUUAAUGAGUGAUGAAAUAUUUUCAUUAGUUCAAACUUAUAAGAUUGUAAUAAAUAAAUUGGAAUCAUUAUCAUUAAUAAAAACAAGUUAAUGUAAAUAAUUUGAAGAUAUUAAAUAUCCAACUAAAUAAUUCCCUAUUACUUAAUCUAAUUUUAAAUAAAAUAUUGAAUAAAUCAAAUAAUUCCAAGCUUUAAGAUUUGAAUAUUUAAAAGAUUUUAAUAAAGAUAAAGAAUUUGAAAAUGCUACGAUUUCCAUUAUGAAAAGAGUUCUCAAAUAACAAAAUACUAAGUUCCUUCUAUAUUGA